AGAAUUGAUAAACCUAUUAAUAAAAAUACGAAUAAGUUAUUAAAAAAAAAAGGUUUAUAAAAAAGAAAACAAAGUCAACAUGCCUCAUACAUCAAGAUAUUUAAGUUACCAUGGAAGUAUGAAUCGUGAUUAUCUAACAGAUGGGGAAGAAAGUCAACGUGCUCCUUCAGAUCAUACUAUGUCAGAGUACAUUGUGACCAAUGACCAUACUACAAUGGUGAAGCCAGUCAUACCGGCAAGAAAACAUCGUAAAGAAAAAUAUGAUCAAAGUGAGGAGAGCAGAUCACACAGUGCACACAAUAGUCGUGGAUCUGUACUUUCUGGUCCAUCUCGACAUCCAUUUAAUAAAAGUGCAUCACAUGGCAGUAUCUGUGAUAAUGGUUCAGAUAUUUAUGUUACAAGCGCUGCUUAUAGAACAACUUCAGAAAUAAGUCGAGGAUCUCAUCACAGUCUUGCUCCAAGUUCUAGAAUGGAUCAUCGAGCUCCUAGUCAUUAUAGUUAUGGUUCUGGGAGAUCUGGAAUAUCAACAGUUAAAACACAAACUUCAAGAAAAGAUGGUAUUAUAAUAGAAACAAUGUCGACACCUAAUCCUUUUUGUCCAAAUACAAAAGGAAUUUGUUGUCUCAUGUUAAUAUUGAAUCUUGGUUUAAUCCUUGUAACAUUGGGUUUCGUUAUAGUUAUACAAUUCUUUCAACCAUUGAUUGUAUGGAUUUUAGGUAUAGUUUUCCUUAUUUUUGGAUUCUUAACACUGAUGGGAAGUCUUAUAUAUUGUGUACAUGUAUUCAGAAAUGCUAAACAUCCACAAGAUAUAAAUCCAGAAGAUCUUUACUGGACACGUUACUGGCAAAAACAUGUUGGAUCUGCACCUGGUGUCUUUUAUAAGGCUGAAGAUAAAUAUCAAGAAGAUGGAUAUAGUGAUCGUUAUAGUAAAUAUUCAGGCAAAUAUUAUGAUCGACAUAAUCAAAGAUACUGACGAUUUUGAAAGCUAUCUAAUAACAAUUAUGCACAUACACACACACACAUGUUGAAAAGAAAACCAAAUAAUUAUAAAUAAUUUCAUAAAUA